AUGGCAAUAUAUGGAGAUUCCCUCUUGCGUCCCCAGCCCCUGGAUGCGCAAAGUGGUGGAUCUCCCGCAAGAAAAUCGGACCUGUCGCUGGACGACCAAUCCCUUUCUCCGCGGAAAUCAGGAACCUCAGUCGCGUCUUCAAGUGUAGCAUGGGUAAGACUUGCGGACGAUGACACUGACUUAUCUUCCCAUUCCCCUACCGCUCCUCUCCAACCUGCAAACGCACGCAUUGCCCAACACAAUUUUUCUCCACACGAGAAUCAGCGAGAUUCCUUUACCUACUACAACUAUUCGAUGACAGAGCCUCGCAAAUCGAGAUGGAAGACUUUUGCCCGAUUAACCACAUACCCGCGUUCGACAGACCUCCAAGAGAAGCUCGUCGACCAAGACUGGCUCAAUGAGCACCUGGGAGAUUAUUCAGAACCCUGGCAGGGCCUUAAUCUAAACGAAAAGGAUCCGGAAAGCGGACAGGCUUUGGGUUCCAAACAACGCAAGAGGAGAUGGGUCAAACGCGCCCAGUCCAAAAUUCUGAGAAGCCCAAUCGUCCCUCUUCUUAUCCGCCUCGCAGUCUUCGUGUUUUCGGUGGUCGCCCUGGCCUUGGGCGGUUCUAUCCGUCACCAUGCCACGGAAUCUAAUCAACCUCAAGGCACAUCUCCCGACAUGGCUAUUAUAGUCGACGCAGUCGCGCUGGUGUAUCUGGUUUACAUCACAUACGAUGAAUACACGGGUAAACCCUUGGGCUUGCGGCCAGCAAAGGCCAAAUUAAAGCUUAUAUUCCUCGACUUGUUUUUCAUCGUCUUUGCGUCGGCCAAUUUAAGUCUGGCGUUUGAGAACUUGUCUAAUGUUCAGAGUGCUUGUACAACAAGGGAAGUAGACAAAAUUCUUGUCCCUCGUAACGACAUUCUUUGCGAGAGACAGAAGGCGUUGGCUUCUGUGUUGCUGAUCGUUUUAAUAGCGUGGCUUAUGACGUUCGCGAUCAGUGCUCUAAGAAUUGUGGAGCGAGCAGUCGCCAAGUAA